CACAAAGAUAAACAUUUCUGUCGUCUGCUUACUCAGAGUCACUCUAGCAACUGCUCUGAAGCUAAGACUCCUUGGUAGCACUUUUUUUUAGGGUAAGGUAGAAGCUCUCUGAGAGGACUGAGAAUAUUUGUGACUACAGGCACUGGUCUCCAGUACCUCUGUUUUAGUGCAGAUCCAUUGACUUGUUCAACAUGUUGCUCUCUGUGCUGCUGCUGCUGCUGCUGGUCAGUGGUGCACAAGCCUCUCAUUAUCGUGGCGCUAUAGUGACCUACUAUCCAAAAGAAAUUUUUUCAGAUGGAUCAGUCUCUGUGGUCCUUCGCUAUAAGUAUAACUUCCUAACCUGCCAAGAUGGUUCAUUUGCUUGCACUGGAAACUGUGGUACUGAAAGUGUGAUUCUUUCAAACACCAACUUUGAGCAAGUCACUGAUUCUUGGUGUCAGAGUGAAAAAAUCACGUCUCGGUCUCUUCCCAACAACUCUCCAUUUCAGCUUGCGUUUGACAGUAGUGGCUGGUUCAGUAAUAAAAAUGGCAUUGUAGGUUGGAGAGCUGUGGCAAAUGUUGAACUGAGGAUCCGGUCUGACACCAACAAACCCAACUCAUCACCACAGACCACCAUGUUUCCUGCUCUGAGAGUUCCUUCAAACUGUCCUAGAAAUAUUAACCUGCUGGCCUUUGACCCGGAUGGAGACGAGGUUAAAUGCAAAUAUGCUAACUUAUCCUUGACUGAAUGUGCCUCACCCUGCACACCUCCGCCUGUUCUCAGCCUGUCCUCUACUUGUACCCUAUCAUUUCCUACUGUCACUUUGAGCAGUGAUGAAGGCUGGUAUGUAGUCCAGAUGGUGAUGGAGGACUUUCCCAGACAGGCAAUCACUCUGACUCAGACUGAUGGGUUACAAGUUGGGAAAACUACCAGCGAUGCAAUCAGCAAGAUACCCAUCCAGUUUGCUUUUCUAGUGGAUCCUGCUGCACCAUCAUGCACAGAAGGUGCUUAUCUGCCAAGAUUUCUGAGUCCAACUCCAGAAGACGGAGCUCGGCUCUACACUCCUUUUGGUCAGACUCUGGAGAUCAACAUCAGAGCAGAUGCAACUCAGUCUGUGAUCACUGAGCUGCUGUACAGCGGGCCAUACAAUGUAGUCAAGAGCUCUUUUGAAUCAGGAAGCUUUUCCCUGACAUGGACGCCAUCUGCACGUGAAGAUGGACAGAGCCACCCCAUCUGCUUUGUCGUCCAGGCAAGUGUCUCUACUUCUGUGUACCAGUCUGAGCUUCGAUGCGUUAUUGUGACGGUUGGACAUAAACCUAUCCCAAGAAAAACUUACCUUACUGUUGUGAAACUGAACAUCUCGACUACACUGCCACUGACAGACAAUCAUGACAAAAUUCUCCAAGCGAUGAAGAAUAAACUGAUUGAAAAUGGGCUCCCAUCCAAUUUUACUUUGAGAUUGCUGAGCAACAGUUCAGCAGAAGGCAAAGAAAGUGUCGCUCCCUAGUGGUCAAUGAUAAAAACUACUAGAGUCCUUGUCUUUCUUCCUUUCUCCCAUGCCCAGUGCUGGGUUGCUUGGGCUCAGGGCACUUUGUCCUGAAUUUGGGCUCAAAAUAACAUGCUUGAUAUUACAUCUAGUUACAUUUACCUCAGAAAUUAAAACCUCAAUUUAAACAUAGAUAUGUGUGGAAUCUAUCAAACUGUCCAAUUGUUUAAAAAAAUCAUUCAUCCAUUUUCUAAACCUGCCUAAAUAUAAUCAUCAGUAUGAUUAUUUAAAUACUUUGUCUUGCUGAAAAGUUGUGUUCCACCCCCAGUACAGGAAGCUGGUUCAAUGCUGGGGCUUAAGAAGAUUUAUCUACCUGCAUGUUUCCAAACUCUGGGCUAUUUGCGGCUUGAAAGACUGGUACAAAUUUCCCAUUAUAGGCAGAUGAUGGAGAAUGACAUAUUACGUUUUAAGGGUGAUAUUUUCACUAAC